CCCUCGCGCGCUCCGUGCCUGCCCGCUAAAUUCCGUUAGCGCCACCUCUUCCCCCUCUGCCUCGCCCCGCCUUUGGCCCCACAUGUUCGGUCCGGAAAAACUGUUGGGGCAGCUGCCCAAGCUGGAGCGAUACGGGAAUAUGGCGUCCGUGGGGGAUUUUAACCCGGUCAGCGCCAACGUCCCGGCCACUCGGGUGGAGAUCUCCGUGUCUUGCAGGAACCUUUUGGAUAGAGAUACAUUUUCAAAAUCUGAUCCAAUUUGUGUUUUGUAUACACAAGGGAUGGGAAAUAAAGAAUGGAGAGAGUUUGGAAGAACGGAAGUAAUUGAUAAUACUUUGAACCCAGAUUUUGUAAGAAAAUUUAUAAUGGAUUACUUUUUUGAGGAAAGACAGAACCUGCGAUUUGACUUGUAUGAUGUUGAUUCCAAGAGUCCAAACCUUUCAAAGCAUGAUUUCUUGGGACAAGUGUUCUGUACAUUAGGAGAGAUCGUUGGGUCACAAGGAAGCAGAUUAGAAAAACCAGUUAUAUUGAAACUUCCUUGGUGGAACCUGGUUGCCAAAGCAAAAAUGGCCAACACGAGUAGGCUGCAGAAAGGAAUUCCUGGGAAGAAAUGUGGCACAAUAAUACUGACAGCAGAGGAACUCAACUGUUGCCGGGAAGCCGUUCUGAUGCAAUUUUGUGCAAACAAAUUAGACAAGAAAGAUUUCUUUGGGAAAUCGGAUCCCUUCUUGGUAUUUUUUCGUAGCAAUGAAGAUGGCAGUUUCACAAUCUGCCACAAGACAGAAGUUAUAAAGAACACAUUAAAUCCAGUAUGGCAGGCAUUCAAGAUAUCGAUCAGAGCACUUUGUAAUGGAGAUUAUGACAGAACAAUUAAGGUAGAAGUGUAUGACUGGGAUAGAGAUGGAAGUCAUGAUUUUAUUGGAGAAUUCACAACCAGCUAUAGGGAAUUGUCCAGAGGACAGUCACAGUUUAAUGUAUAUGAGGUAAUCAAUCCAAAGAAAAAAGCAAAAAAGAAAAAAUACGUUAAUUCAGGAACAGUAACAUUACUUUCCUUCCUAGUGGAAACAGAAGUUUCAUUUCUCGACUAUAUUAAAGGAGGGACUCAAAUCAAUUUCACUGUGGCUAUUGAUUUUACAGCUUCAAAUGGUAACCCUGCACAUCCAACCUCACUUCACUACAUGAAUCCAUACCAACUGAAUGCAUAUGGCAUGGCAUUAAAAGCAGUAGGUGAAAUCAUUCAAGACUAUGAUAGUGACAAAAUGUUUCCAGCUCUAGGUUUUGGUGCAAAACUGCCUCCGGAUGGAAGAAUAUCUCAUGAGUUUGCCUUG